UCUACUGCUCCACACUCCAGUCCAGUAGGUGGCGGUAAUGCAGCCGUUGGUUUGCAACCGUCAAUAAAGCUCAAAGACGCGAAGAAGAAGAAGAUGGCGGAAGCAGAAACAGUCACCCUGCUGCAGAGAACAUGAAUAAACGACAUUGAUGUUCAGAUAUGUCUGGAGGUUUUGUGAGAUGGAUGCUGAGCCGUACAGUGAGAGCUGUGUGCGGUGGAAGCCUCGGCUCCUGGACACCAGCAUCAAGAUUUACCAUAUGCAGUGAAAGAUCUAACAUCAUUGCUUCCUCCUGGAGAUGGUCUCCAUUCUCCUCCGCUGUAGACGACACAGGAGAGACUCCCGCUGCAAAGAAAAAAAAGCGUGAUCCCCGAGCUAAUGACACAAUCGGCUCUGUUGGCCGCAUGAUCCCACAGAGUGAGAUACAGCUGAUAAGUGAGACAGGCGAGAACAUGGGCACCAUGCACCGUGCAAAUGUGAUCAAAAUCAUGAACAAGCAGGGUCUCAAACUAGUGCUGCUCAGUGAUCGCCAAGAUCCUCCCGUCUAUCGGCUGAUGAGCGGCAAACAGAUCCACGAAGAGCAGCUGAAACUUCGGGAGAAGCAGAAAACAAAAGCGGCCCCCGUGCAGGUGAAAGAGAUCACUGUAUUGUCCUGCAUCGCAGCUCAUGACCUCUCCACCAAGAUGAGACAAGUGGAGAGCUGGCUGGAGAAGAAGAACCACGUUAAAAUUACUUUGCGAUCAGGACGCGGCGGACCUGCUGUCAACCUGGACACAAACCUGGAGCAGAUGGUGCAGCAGAUGAAGGUGAUGGUGGGAUUUGUUUCUAAGCCAACAGUCAUACAAGACGGUAAAGCAGCCACGUGCAUCCUCCGACCGCCUUCAGCUAAAGACCUCCUGUCACAAAAACAGAAGGAGAAGACCGCAGCGUCGCAGUCUGCAGAUUCAAGUUCGAAAGACACCGAGAGCGAAACCCCUCCUGUCAGCGACACGGACACGACGGAAGGGUCUAAACAGCAGUGAUGUGAUGGAAAUAAAACAUUCUCAUAAAAACUGAA